UUAGACCGUCAGCUGAUGCUACACCUUUUCAGCACCACGGACAGCUCCGUUCUGCAUACCGAGCAGAUGGCCACGGUUAUAAAAAGCCCGCAUCCCUACGCCGGAGAUUCACCACGACAGCCUGAAUAGCAGCAUGGCUAACAGAUUCUUCUUACCGCGCAGGAUCACUCCAGAUGAGUAUUCACAUUACAGUUCUAAACUUCCGGAAUUGAAUGCCAGUGUCGUGUCCACGGGCAUGGAUUCGAUCAACCCGCUAUCUGGGAAGUUUAACGAGAAAGACUUGAUGCAUGGCUUGAAUGAUCGUCUGGCGGGAUUCAUAGAGAAGGUGCACCAUCUGGAGUACCAGAAUCAUCUGCUAGAGAGAGAAAUUGGGGAGAUCAGAGGGAAAGCCAAACCCGCGUCUAUUUUUGAGGAGGAGUGCGGACCAGAGCUCAGGAAACUGAGACAGCUGGUUCAGGAUAUCACUCAUCAGAAGCACCAGAUUGAAAUCGAACAUCGGCAUUUGGACGAAGAACUGUCCAGCUUGAGAGGACAACAUGAACAGGAGGCGCGUGGCAGAUCGGAUGCCGAGAGCAACAUUGUGGUCCUCAAGAGGGACAUUAACGACGCGUAUCGGGCUAAAAUCCAGCUGGAUAAGAAAGCACAGGCUCUCGUGAAUGAAAUCCACUUCCUGAAGGGAAACCAUGAGGCAGAGGUGUCCGAGAUGUUUGACCAAAUCCAGAAUGCGCAAGUGACGGUCGAGGCGCAGGAAUUUGGCAACUCUGGCGUCACUGCGGCACUCCGGGACAUCAGGGCACAAUUGGAAGGUCAAACCAUGUCCGACGUCCAGCAGCUGGGAGAAACUUUCCGAUCUCAGUUUGCAAGAUUAACGGAGGCAGGCGAGGGCAAGAUAGAGGCGUUAAAAGCGACCCAGCAAGAGAUCCGGGAGUACAGGAGGCGCCUGCAGGCCAAUAACAUCGAACUGGACUGCGCUAAAGGCACCAGGGAAGCGCUGGAGAAGCAACUUCAUGACGUCGAGGAUCGCAACAAGGAAGAAAUGAUUCAUUACCAGAACACAAUCAAAGAACUUGAAAAUGACCUCAUCAAUUGCAAAUUUGACAUGUCUGGUUACCUGCGGGAAUACCAGGACCUGUUUAAUGUGAAGAUGGCUUUGGAUGUGGAAAUACUGUCUUACAGGAAACUCCUCUGUGGCGAGGAAGCUCGGCUGUCCACGAUGUCAGACACCCACAUGUCCCUGCCCUACAUCUAUCACCAGUCCCCCGUUUACACCCUGCCCUGCCUCAGCCGACCGGGAGGCCCGCACAAACGAGCUGAACCCCAGUACAAGUUCGUAGAGGAGAUCAUAACGGAGACCACCAGGGAAAUUGAGAUGUCGGAAUUUGAAGAGACAGGAUCGGAGGAGACAGAGGUGGAAAAAGAUGAGCAGGAGUGUGUUAAAAGAGAUAGAGGGAGCAGUGAGGAAGAGAUGGAUAAUAAAGACAGUGGAGAGGAAGAAGGUGAGCAGAUGCCUGAUAGUGAGCAGAAUCAAGUAGCAUCGGGAGUGAAUUUAGUGAACGGAGAUGAUGAUGGGACUUCUGGUGAGGUGGAUGAUGUUGAAAAAGGUCAAACGAGUAAAGAAGAGUCAGAGGAGACUGAAGCAGUUGACGGCGAGGGUCCCUCUCAUUGUGACAGAGAUAAAAAUACUCAAAGCAAAGUUAUAUUAAGUGAGGGCCUUGAUGAGGAAGACAAUGAGCAGCAUCAAAAGGUAGCUGAAAACACAAAAGAAGAGAAAGAAGCUGCAGAGACAAUCGUAACAGUUGAGAAAGAUCUCUCUUCAAACCCAGAUGAUUUAAAGUCAGAGGUCUCUGCGGAGGAUGAGCUUCUGAAAAAAACUGAUGGUAAAAAAGGAGAUGCUGAGAAAGAGAGUUUGAUCUCAGCUCCAGUGAAUGAGCCUGUUGACGAGACCCCCGCCCAAGUGUCUAAAGAAUCAGACACCACUCGAGGACUAGGCAGUGUUCAAGUGCUAGAUAAAGUUCCUGCUUCAGACACAGCAGAUUUUACAGCAGAGACAAAGAGCACUCUGUCCGUAAAGACAGAGCAGCUUUCAGAAAAAGCUCAAGUAUCUUCAAGUACAACAUCCAAGAGUGAGGAAAGGGAAAACAGUCAUGCAGACCCAAAAGGAAUCAGUGAACCUGAAGCUGCAAAAGGUGAGGAUAAAGUAGCAGAAGGCAUUCAAGAUGCUAGAAAUGGUAGCAAUAAAAAUCAAGACGAAGAGUCUUCUCUUGAAUCUGAUGUGAAAAGUCUUCCUGAAGUGGAGGAUCAGAAACCAAAGAGUGGGGGUAAAACCCAAACAGUCCAAACUGUGUUGCCAAGGGAAAAGACAACUGUCAGUUCAGAAAUCAAAGAGUUGCAUCAGGGGGUACUAACAGGAAGCCAGGCUCAGAAAUCAAAGCUGUCUGAAGGUUCAGAAAAAAUAAAGAAUCCUCAAAGUGAGACUGAGGUGGAGAGUAGUUCAGAGAAAUAAGUGCACUAAAAGCCAAACAUCUGCUGACGUAAAGGGAAGUCAGGAUUUACAACAUGUCCACCUUAAAUUGAAUGAGACAGCAGUUGACAGGCGAAUAUCAGGGAUAGCGACGCUAAAAAUAGAGAAUGGCUUAAUACAUGCAUAUGCUAAUUCAAGGUAUAAACUGAGCCAAGCAAAGAGGCUGUAAUUUCUCUUCCAGCUAUUUUAAAAGGAGAGAGCAUGAUUCAUCUGUUUACAAACGGCUUCGCCUUUGGACUUCAAAUGUGAUAUAUUUUGACUUACUUCAAUCAUUUAAUCAUGAAUGUAAAAUAUGCAAGGUUACUUUUAUUUGCUUUUGUAUGUGCUGAAAAAUAAAUGCAAUAUCAAUCCACUGAAUACGUUUGCUGGCCUCCUCACCAAAUUCUAUUGUGUCUGAA